ACUCUGCUCUGCUUCCGCAGGAGGAGCGGCCCCCCUGCCACCGCUAUAAGAAGGGGGGCUCCGUGGGCAGCGUCUGCUACCUGUCGAUGGGCAUGGUGGUGCUGCUCAUGGGGCUGGUGUUCGCCUCCGUCUACAUCUACAGAUACUUCUUCCUAGCCCAGCUGGCCCGAGACAACUUCUUCCACUGCGGGGUGCUCUACGAGGACUCCCUGUCCUCACGCAUGCGCGCCCGCAUGGAGCUGGAGGAGGACGUGAAGAUCUACCUGGAGGAGAACUACGAGCGCAUCAACGUGCCGGUGCCUCAGUUUGGGGGCGGCGACCCCGCAGAUAUCAUCCACGACUUCCAGCGGGGCCUCACCGCCUACCACGACAUCUCCCUGGACAAGUGCUAUGUCAUCGAGCUCAACACCACCAUUGUGCUGCCCCCUCGAAACUUCUGGGAGCUGCUCAUGAACGUGAAGGUGAGGGGGCUCGCCCGGGCUUGGCCCUCCUGUCCAGCCCAGGCUUUCACUGCUGGCGCGGGAUGCGUGCUGGCGCCAACAGCCCGAGCAGGGGCUCAGCGCACCAUGCUCGUGAGCGGGCGCCAUGCUCGUGAGCGGGCGCCAUGCUCCACCCCCGAGGCAGAGGGGGCAGGAGCCCACCCAGGCGUCUUCGCCCAGCUCUCAGCCGGCCCCAUCUCCAAGGAGACCACGGUGGCCCUGCCCAGCCCCGGGCCCCUGGGGGCCGUUGCCUCUCUGAGGGGAAGUUUCCAGCUGGAUCUCCUCCAGCGCUCUGUGCUGCUGGUGCGGUGGCUGCUCAGACUGAGGGCCCAAAGGGAAGUGAGCGCGGUGGGAGGCCCGUCCCUUCGCGGACGGGGCCCAGGGCCCCUGGAGGACGGGACGGCCCUGUGGUCUGCUGGGUGGAGCCAUCCGGACAGCGCGCUGAGUGUGAAGGGGGAGCCCUGGCUUCCUGGGGGCCGGACAAAGCCGGGACCCGUGCCAGAGUCCCACACAAUGUCAGCCUCUGUUAUCGGGCCAAGGGUCCACGACUGGGGCUGCCCUUGGGUCCUUCCACUGCCCUUUGUGACUGCGGCCAUGUUCCAGCAGGGGACAAGGGACUUGGCCAUUUCUGCCCAGGUCGGUGGUGACCUGGACCCACAGACAGUCUCUCAGGGGCUCCUCGGCCGAAUCCUGGUGCAGGAGCCCGAUGCUUGGGCUUCAGACCCUCUGGCCUGCACAGGGGGCCCGGGGGGCCUGGGGCUGAACAAAGACCGUCAGGGCCUCAAGCUGCACUCAGAGCCUCUCCGCCCAGCGGAGCUGACAUCAGGCUUUGAAGUCACAGGCUCUGGUCCUGCCUCAGGGGACUUAAAAGCCGAAAGGGCACGUGAGUCACCCAGCGACAUCAAGGCCUGCGGCCCGGGCUGCAGUCUCGGUAGCAGCGCGCUCCAGGUGGGGGAGGAGACGCUCGGCCUGAGCUGGGUGCCGGGCAGGCGGCUGCUCUCCUUCCGCGCCAGCUCCAGCUCCGGUGCGCCUUGA